AUGCUCUCUCGCGCCAUUCGCACUUCGACCUUCCGAUCUCUGCCCUUUGCUUCCACCAGAUUCUUCCACGCUACACGACCAGCCAUGACUGUCCACAUUGUCAAGACCGCUGACGAGUUCAACUCGGCCAUCAAGAACAACAAGGUUGUCCUUGUCGACUGCUUCGCUGAGUGGUGCGGUCCUUGCAAGGCCAUUGCCCCCAUCUUGGAAAAGCACUCCAACUCCGAAGAGUUCAAGGACGUUCACUUCCUCAAGUUCGACGUCGAGGAGAUCCCCGACAUCACUGCCCAGCUCAACAUCCGCGCCAUGCCUACCUUCCUGAUCUACAAGGACGGCGAGAGAGCCGACGAGCUCGUUGGUGCCAACCCCGGCGCUCUCCAGCAGCUGAUCCAGAAGCACUCCGCGUAA